CCCAAAAAAACAGUAGGUUGUGAACUUCAUGAGUCUGUGGUUGUACCCCCCACCUCCCACCCAUCCCUCCAACAGUCCCGGACUGUGGAGCCCCAUUGACAACACCAGCGGUCAAAACUACCAGUCGGCCAACUCCUUCUCAGCUUUUGGACCCAACAACUCCUUCAACUUGACAGGAGUUUUCACUGAGAUGAAUCUCCCCAAGUCGCCGGAGCCUCAGCAGAAGUGGUCCGAGUUCAGCCCCGUGUCCUCUUCAAUCUGGGACAUACAGAGCAGCGAGUCCCUGCACUCUUGGCCCAGCAGCUCCAGCUCGCCCACGGCCCCGACCGCAGUAAGAACACACACGUGUUUGUUAGUGUACCCCCGCUUUUACACAGAACCCCUGUGGCGGUUAGAACUUUGGUCCAACAAACAAGACAUUUAAAGUAAUGUAUCCUUC